AUGCAUUUCUCCGCCGCUCACCCCUUCUUCUUCCUCGCCAUUUUCAUAGCGCUCGCCAUGCGCGUCAACGCCACCCUCCCGAUUCGCAUGCUAACACACAACAUCCGCUACGCAGCCUCUGUACCUUUCAUUGGCGAAAAGCCAUGGCCAGAACGCAAACAACUCAUCCUCAACCAGCUACAUUACAACACCCUUCAUAAUCCCGAGGCCUUCAUCUGCCUGCAGGAAGUGCUUCAUGAACAGUUAGUUGAUAUCCUCGCUGGUCUUGGCGACGAGUGGACGCACAUUGGCGUUGGCCGCGACGAUGGGAAAGAGAAAGGGGAGUACAGUCCGAUAGUCUACCGUAAAGGUGUAUGGGAGCCAACGACCUGGCAAACAGUAUGGUUGAAUGAAGAUGGUUCGAUUGGAAAGAAGGGCUGGGAUGCGGGUAGUGUGCGUAUCCUGACCGUUGGCACCUUCAGGCACCGUGAAAGCAAGGAAGUGAUUGUGGGCAUGAGCACGCAUUUGGACAACUCUGGCAUGAUUGCGAGAAGAGAAAGUGCAAAGAUUAUAUUGCAGACUAUUGACGCUGUCACGGCGACGACGAAUCUUACAAACAGUAGCUUUGGGGUUCGAGACAGACUACCCUUCUUCCUGAGCGGAGACCUCAAUUCCGAGAUCGAUGGCGAGGCCUACCAAAUUCUGAAUAACAGCACAGCUAGCACUCAGGAUGCAAAAGAUCUGGCCAAGUGGAGGUAUGGCGACACGAAUACGUUUACAGAUUUUGGAGACAACGAGAAGCGGUUUACGUUGAUUGAUUUUGUGUUUGUGGGGCCGAGGGGUGGCACGAAUUGGGAUGUUGAGGGGUACAGUGUACUGCCUAAUAAGUUUGAGGAUGGGGUGUUUUCGAGCGAUCAUCGGGCUGUUGUUGUGGAUGGAAUUUUGAGUAUUGGAGGCAUUGAGGGGAAAUGGAAUGGAUGGCUCCAGAGGGGGACGGGAGUGUGA